AUGUCAAAUGGAAGUGGAAAGUGCGAUGAGUUUGUCGCAGACGAUGUUACGUCUAAUCGGUCCAACAACACAAGACGAAUGCUGAUAAAAGAAUAUCGGAAGAUUGGUCACGGAGCGUUUGGAACUGUGGUACAGGCAUUCAUCACGCCUGAUCGCGAGAAAUGGUAUGGUCCGUUUGCUAUUAAAAAAGUGCCCGCUCAAACCGAGUACAAAUCUAGAGAGUUACAGAUCCUGAGAAUAGCCGAUCACCCAAAUGUGGUCAGAUUGGAAUAUUUCUUUACCCAUUUAUCGCCACAGGAUGGUAAGGUGUAUCAGCAUUUGGCCAUGGAGUGUUUACCGGAGACUUUGCAGAUCGAAAUCAGUCGCUAUGCGACAAACAAGCUAGAGUUACCAAUGAAACAUGUGAAGCUUUACAGUUAUCAGAUAGCUCGUGGUAUGCUAUAUCUGCAUGCAUUUGGGAUUUGCCAUCGUGAUAUCAAGCCUUCCAAUAUACUUGUGGAUCCUACUACUGGUGUGUUGAAAAUAUGCGAUUUCGGAUCGGCUAAGAAGUUAGAACAAAGUCAGCCCUCUAUCAGUUAUAUCUGCUCGCGAUUCUACAGAGCACCGGAGUUGAUUGUUGGCUGUACCCAGUACACUACUCAGAUCGACAUAUGGGGGCUUGGCUGUGUGAUCGGUGAAAUGCUUAUAGGGAAGGCUGUAUUCCAAGGACAGGAGCCGCUCUUGCAGCUGCGCGAAAUUGCCAAGUUACUUGGACCUCCUGAUAAGAAAUUUGUAUUCUUUGCGAACCCAAGCUAUGACGGUCCUUUAUUCUCCAAACCUUUAUUCUCUGGCUCACGACAACAACGUUUUGAAAAGCAUUUCAGUCAUGCAGGUCCCGACGAAAUUGACUUACUGAUGAACGUUCUGGUCUACGAACCGCAAAUGAGACUAUCUCCAAGACGUAUUAUGGCGCACCGAUUUUUCGACGAUUUGAGAAACGAAGAAUACUUCUUCCCAAGAGGCCAGACUGAGCCUGUUCGUCUCCCCAACUUGUUUGACUUCAGUGAAUUCGAACUGCAGGUCCUCGGCGAGUUUGUUGAUAAGAUCAGACCUAACAAGGACAAACAGCCCUCCGAAACUGAAGCCAAAUAG